UAUAAAAACUCUCCAGCAACAGCUUUUCUUUCACCCCCAAACAUUUUCUCUUUCUUCACUAUCGGAUGGUGAAAUCCAUGGAUAAAAUACAACACAAGCAUGUUGAUGUUGGGGAAUUGAAAUUACAUGUUGCAGAAAUUGGAUCAGGUCCAGCUGUGCUGUUACUUCAUGGCUUUCCUGAAAUUUGGUACUCAUGGCGUCAUCAGAUGACUGCUUUGGCAGAUGCAGGAUUUCAUGCAAUUGCACCUGAUUUCAGGGGUUAUGGACUCUCUGAUCAGCCUUCCCAAAUAGAGAAAGGCAGCUCUGUAGAUCUUGUGGAGGACAUGGCAGGCCUUCUUGAUGCCUUUGGCAUUCAGAAAGUAUUUGUUGUGGCCAAGGAUUUUGGAGUAUUGAUUGCAUAUUAUCUGCAUCUCCUGCACCCUGAGAGAGUGAGAGGCAUUAUAACAUUGGGUUUACCUUAUUUGGUACCUGGCCAAGGCAGUUUCUCGUUGGAUUCGUUUCCACAAGGAUUUUAUGUUAGACAUUGGGCGGAGCCCGGAAGAGCCUUGGCAGACUUUGGGCGUUUUGAUGUAGAAACAGUGGUAAGGAAUAUAUAUACCCUCUUCUCUAGAAGUGAAGUGCCAAUGGCAGAAGAGGGUAAAGAGAUCAUGGACCUCUAUGAUCCUGCAACUCCACUGCCAUCUUGGUUUACCGAGAAUGACCUGAAAACGUACUCAAGCCUGUAUGAGAAGUCGGGAUUUGCUUUCGCUAUGCAAGUUCCCUACAUGUCUUCCACGAGCAGCUGGGGUAAAUUGGCAGAGUUAACUGAUUAUACUAUUAAAGUUCCAGCACUUCUAAUAAUGGGUACCAAAGAUUAUGCACUCAAAUUUCCAGGGAUGGAGUAUUAUAUAAACAGUGAUAUCUUGAAAUCUCAAGUGCCCAAUCUGGAGAUCAAGUUUUUCCCAGAAGGGAGCCAUUUUGUUCAGGAGCAAUUCCCUGAGAAGGUUAGUAACCUUGUUCUUGGCUUCCUCAACCAGCAGCAGCUGUAAUGCCAAAGCACUUCAAGAUUAGGCAGAGUAUUUUAUUGUCUUGUGAAAGGGGUUUACAUUAAAGCAACAUAAUCUUUGAUUUUGAGCUGGGCAUUUUUCUGUUCCAUGGAAUGGAACAAUAGUCAAUUGCAUUUGCAAAUUUCAGAGUUAAAUAUCUAAAAUAGGAGGAUUGUCACAAGUUCAAAUUUCAAGGUGAUAAGGUAUGUAUGUUUCAUUUGUAUCACAAUCAGAUAUCAUAGUGAAUUUUUUAUCUUUGGCAAGAAUAGGGGUAGUCUUAUAUUGCUAUAAGAUUAAAAAACCUCUCUUUCUUUCUUUCUAUUAUUCUUCACGGUAUCUUAUCCUUUCUCAUUUAAUUAUUUAUUGUAUACUUAUUAAUUUAUAAUUGAUGUAUACUUAUUAUUUA